AUGGUUUCCACUCCGCAAUCCCAUUACAUUCACUCAAAGUAUGUCGCGAUCACGUUCUCCUUACAAUCGUGGAGGAAUUACACAAUUCAAAAGAAGUAAAGUUAUUAUAGUACUACACUUGUGAUACACACUCACAAUUGAUAGUAUAUAUAUAUCUAUUUUUAGUGAAGAUAAAGAACUACUUCUGUCUUAUUGAUAAAAACAUCAUAAUUUAAGAAAAAGAAAGAAAGAAGGUUUAGUAUCAGGCAAAAUAAGAGUACAGACACGUCACGCAUAAGAAUUAAUUCUGUUCUUAUCAUACUUUAACCCGCUUUUUUCCAUUUUGUUCAUCUAUGAGAUCUUCGUUUGUUUUCUUCAUCUGUAAAAAAAAAAUGCGCAAGUACAGAAAAAAAUCCAGAAGAGAAAGAAAACCAGCACUGAAACAACAGACAAUCUAUUUUAAUUAUUUCAUGACAGAGGUGGAAAUAACAACGUAUAUCAUUUCAUUAAACAAUAAAAAAAACAGAAUUAUUCUAGAGUGAAAAUACAAGUAUCAACUAAAAACAAUCCAAAGAAGAUUUACGAUGAAUUUAAACUAUCUUUAUGAAGGAUAUGGGCUUUGUGGUAAUGAUCGAUUUCGUUAUGAACAACAAUAUAAAUCAGUACCAAGUUUUCCAGUGUUUAGCAUAACAAAUAAUAACAAUUUGGUAAGCAAAAAAAAAGAUUGUUUACUUUUUACUAAAUAGAUUCAAUAGUGUAUAUACAGGAUAUCACUCUAAACUAAUUACAAUAUCUAAUGAAUAGAGUUCUUUUCGAGUACAAAUGCUGAUUCUUGCAUGAUUCUUUCUUCCAUGAAUGUUAAUCAAAACAAUCUAAUUAAUAAAAUUUGAUUUUUUUUUUAUCAUAAAAUGCUAUUCAAAAGGUUAAAUUACAUUAUAAAUCCAUAAGAGAGUUACUCACUCACGAUGACUAGUUAAAUUAUAAGUUGAUAUUUUUAAUUUGCCUUAACUUCAUCGUCUUCAGUCUUUUAUUUAACUCGAUAAGAAAUAAAUUCAUUUAUUUUUUGUGUUUUAUCGAACGAGCUAUUCUAAUGAUAGGUGUCAUCAGGAAAUUAGAGUUUAAAGCUUUCUUCUUCUAUUUAAAUGGAUGGAACUGUAUGAUAACCACUUGCUAAAAAUAGUUUAUAUUCGAUUCUGAGUCUAGAAUGAAAAACAUAUAGAGAUGAUCUAGAACUGUUGAAAAAUCAUUUGAUGAGCCGAGAUUACAACGAUAUGCACAAUAAAAGAUUCAAAUCAGAAGACCAACUUUCCGAAUCGGGACUUCGACUGAUAAUCUAUGUGCCUGGAUAGAUUCUUUUCGAAAAAAGACUAGACUGGAAAGACUCUAAAACAGACAUUGAGCUAGAACAGCGUUGCACAUCUAUUGAAUCUAUUUAGUAAAAAGUAAACAAUCUUUUUUUUUGCUUACCAAAUUGUUAUUAUUUGUUAUGCUAAACACUGGAAAACUUGGU